AUGAAACUUGAGUUAUAUCACGUGCCUUUUUUCUUAGCGCAACCGAGGCUUCCGAACUUCCAAGGCUUCCUCGCCAACCCUCCUGUGCACAUCCAUUUCAUCAACACCAUCAAAAGCAUCAUGGCAGAACAUCCAUCAUUCACACUCGCGGGACUACUGGCGGUCGGCGGCACGGCAGGCUACCUCCGCACACGCUCCACGCCCUCGCUCGUGGCCGGUCUCGUGCUGGGCGCAUCCUACGGUUACGCCGGCUACCGGAUCAAGCAAAACCAGGACUAUGGUACUGAGCUUGCGCUGGGAAACAGUAUCGCGCUCUUUGGAUCUGCGAUCCCUCGUAUCGUGAAGACAGGGGGAAGAGCGCCUGUGCCGAUUGCGCUUGGUGCGACGGGCGCUCUUGCGACGUAUUACUACCAGAGGAAAGUCAGGGAGUUUAGGUAUGGGGUGUAG